UCCAUCUCUUUUAUCUCUUGAAGACCAAGACUUCCCCUCCCACUUCCAUUCCCAAUCUUAUAAAUCUCACUUCCCUUUCAGUUUCAUUUUCAUUUUCAUUUCUUUUUUUCUUGAGUUCCAAGUUCCAACCAUGGAGAUCUCCAGUUCAGACUAUCAUCAUCAGAUCAUGAACACCCACACUCUUGAAGAUGUUUUAGUCCAACAAGAUCAACAACAACAACAACAACAACAACAACAACAAGAGAAGAAACCAAGACCAAGCCCAGAAACAGCUCUCAAAUGUCCAAGAUGUGAGUCUACAAACACAAAGUUCUGUUACUACAACAACUACAGCCUCUCUCAACCAAGAUACUUCUGCAAAGGUUGCAGGAGGUACUGGACCAAAGGUGGAUCUCUCAGGAAUGUCCCUGUUGGUGGUGGUUGUAGAAAGAACAAGAAGUCCUCUUCCAACUCUUCUUCUUCAUCAUCUUCUUCCUCUUCUUCAAAGAGAUCUCAUGAUCAUUAUCCUCUCAAUACCCUUCCAACACCUCCACCACCUUUCUCUCCUUUUGACCCUAAUGAUCUCACCCUUGCCUUUGCCAGACUCCACAACCCUAACCCUAACCCUAAUACUUCUCCUUCUUUUAUCACAACUACUCCUUACUCAAACACAGCCUUGCUUGAUGCUCUUAGAACUGGCAACACCUCUACAAACCCUAGUGGAUUUCAGAGUCUUUACUAUGAUAAUUGUUUGGGUCUUGAUGGAGGUAAUUUGUUUGGCUCUUCUGUGACAACAACUACUGCUACAAUCACAACAACUACUACUACUUCUUCUUCUCAUGAAGCCAUGGAUCAUCAUGGAGAGGAAAACAAAGCUUACUUGGGUCUUCAAUGGCAGCUUGGAAACUUGGAUGCUGGUAGAGAUUACUGGAAUGGUGUUAAUUCUUCUUCUUGGCAUGAUGCUGGUCUCAUCAACAGUUCUUUGCUCUAGAGUUCUUCUUUUUCUCUCUUUUUUAUUUACUAUUAUUAUUAUUGUUAUUAUAUAUUAUUGUAUUGGAUUGGAGUCUUUUGUUGUUUGUUUUUUGAGUGAAA